UUCAAAACGACAUCCCUGAUGCUGCUGAUCCCGAAAUCGAAGGUGCCCCAGAGAUCCUGGCUGCAGUGGCUCUAGAGGUAGCCGUCCAACCUGCAGCCGCCCUACCAGCAGCGGCACUCCCUCUAGCCAUCGAAUGGCAGGCAGAAGAACCACCCGUGGCAGCCCAACCUCCAGAAAUGGGAGAAAUGUCUUCAUCCGAUUCGGAGACUUCUGUGAAUUUGGGACCCAGGUCGGCACCUCAGCGACCAUUCGCAGCAGCCGACGAGUCGGCUGCUGUUAUACCAGCUGUCUGCCCAACUCGACCGACCUCAUUGCUGCCCCCCUCACUGACAGCAGUCCGCCCAGAGGUACCACAUAUUUUCUCCGAACAAAUUUGCAACUCCCUUGGAAUAUUUAUUGACAUUGUAGGACUUGCAGGAGCCUUCGGACUUAGCUGUCCUAUCGACUGUUCCGGUUCCAGCGGAGGCCCAGACUGUGUUCACUGAGGCCAUUAACCGUCCCCUGUCCGAAUUAAGGUCCGACUUAUUGGACAAGCUCAUUCAGACGGUUGGUGGC